AUAAUUUUGCGGGAAACGUAAAUAAGACACAACGGCGUGUUUGUCGUGCAUGUAGGAAGAACAUCGUUGAGUCCUACUGUCAGUGGAUGAAGAAGAUGGCCCGACAGAUCGUCCUUGUCACAGGAAACAAGAAGAAGCUGGAAGAAAUUGUACAAAUUCUUGGCCCUGACUUUCCACAUAAGGUGAAGAGUCAGGACAUUGACUUGCCCGAGUAUCAGGGAACUCCGGAGGAAAUUGCUCGAGCUAAGUGUACUGCGGAACACAUCAAGGGACCAGUCAUUGUGGAAGAUACAAGCCUUUGUUUUAAUGCCCUUGGUGGUCUCCCAGGACCAUAUGUCAAAUGGUUCCUAAAGAGUGUGGGACCAGAAGGUCUGCACAAGAUGCUGGCAGGGUUUGAGGACAAAACAGGAUACGCUCAGUGUGUAUUCGCGUACUCAUCCGGGCAGGAAGGUUCAGACAUACACAUAUUUGAUGGGAGGUGCCCUGGCUCCAUUGUGGCUCCACGUGGCUCAACAGACUUCGGAUGGGAUCCAUGUUUCCAGCCAGAUGGCUUUGAUAAGACAUAUGCUGAAAUGGACAAAAGUGUCAAGCACACUAUUUCCCAUCGUGGAAAAGCUAUGGACUUGCUCAAAAAUUAUCUCACGAAGUUGUCAGUUUGAUCUCGUCCUCCAUGGCCUGCAGCUGUUGUCUUUUGGGGACGAGACUUCAAUAAAUGGACACUGUGAAUU